GUGGUUGACGGCUAGAACGGAGACGCGCCGUGGAAACGGAACUCUCUGACCUCAUUGGACGCCGUGCCCCAGCAUGCUCCUGCGCAGUCGGGGCUGGCGUCGUAACGCCUCGGGGAAAAGGAAGCGGACGGGGCCGCGAAUCGCUGCCUGUGGCUUUUAAUUUUUCUGCUGACUGGAUUUGGUCACUGAUUCUUCAUCUUUUGUCUGUUGCACGCAUCUCGCCCUCCCCAUUUGCUUCCCCACUUCUCGGAUCCGGCCCUCUGGGCUUACACGCCAGUUCUCUCACUCCGCCGUGAGCCCCUGCUGGUCCCCGGGCGGGCCUGGCAAGGAGGCGGUAACUAUGGAGAAUAUGGCGGAGGAGGAGCUGCUGCCCCAGGAGAAGGUGGAGGUGGCCCAGGUCCCGGUCCCGACCCCGACCCCGGACUCGGCUCGGGUCCCAGCUCCGGCCCCGGAUUCGGCUCCGGUCUCGGCCUCGACCCCGGCCCCUGCCUCGGCUCCGACUCCGGCCUCGGCUCCAGUCCCAGCCCCUGCCCUGGCCCAGGCUCCGGCCCUGUCCCCGUCCCUAGCCUCUGCCCCUGAUGAGGCUGAAAGCAAGAGACACAUCUCAAUUCAAAGGCAGCUUGCUGAUUUAGAGAAGUUAGCUUUCGUAACUGAAGGGGAUUGUGACUCUGCCAAUUCACUGAACUCAGAUAAUCUUGAUGCAGGAAACAAACAGGCUUGUCCACUGUGCCCCAAGGAGAAAUUCAGAGCUUGUAAUAGUCAUAAGCUUCAUCGUCACCUUCAGAAUUUACACUGGAAAGUCUCCGUGGAAUUUGAAGGUUACCGGAUGUGCAUCUGUCACUUACCUUGUCGACCAGUGAAACCAAACAUUAUUGGAGAACAGAUAUCCAGUAAAAUGGGCGCCCAUUAUCAUUGUAUCAUUUGUUCAGCAACAAUCACCAGAAGGACAGAUAUGCUAGGACAUGUCAGGCGCCAUAUGAACAAAGGAGAGACUAAAUCCAGGUAUAUUGCUGCUUCUGCUGCUAAACCACCUAAAGAAAUUUUGAAAGAGGCAGACACAGAUGUACAAGUUUGUCCUAACUAUUCUGUACCUCAGAAAACAGAUUCUUAUUUUAAUCCCAAAAUGAAACUGAAUCGGCAGCUGAUAUUCUGUACACUGGCUGCUCUGGCUAAGGAGCGAAAACCUUUGGAAUGUCUAGAUGCCUUUGGAGCAACUGGGAUAAUGGGAUUACAGUGGGCAAAACAUCUCGGAAAUGCAGUCAAGGUUACAAUUAAUGAUUUGAAUGAAAACUCUGUGACGUUGAUUCAGGAGAACUGCCAUUUAAACAAAUUGAAAGUGGUUGUAGACAGUAAGGAAAAGGAAGAAAGGGACGAUAUUCUGGAAGAAGGAGAGGAAAACCUUGGUAAUAUUAAGGUGACCAAAAUGGAUGCCAAUGUACUAAUGCAUUUGAGAUCUUUUGAUUUCAUACACCUAGAUCCUUUUGGAACAUCUGUGAACUAUCUUGAUUCUGCAUUCAGAAAUAUAAGAAACCUUGGCAUAGUAUCAGUGACUUCUACAGAUAUCAGUUCUUUAUAUGCCAAGGCACAACACGUUGCCCGGCGUCACUACGGCUGUAAUAUUGUCCGAACUGAAUAUUACAAGGAGCUAGCUGCAAGAAUUGUUGUAGCUGCAGUGGCAAGAGCUGCAGCCCGAUGUAACAAAGGCAUAGAAGUACUGUUUGCAGUGGCUUUGGAACAUUUUGUGUUGGUUGUUGUGAGAGUUUUGAGGGGGCCAACUUCUGCAGAUGAAACAGCCAAGAAGAUUCAAUACCUAAUCCAUUGUCAGUGGUGUGAAGAGAGAAUUUUUCAGAAAGAUGGUAAUAUGGUAGAAGAAAACCCAUAUAGACAGCUACCCUGUAAUUGUCAUGGAAGCAUGCCUGGAAAGACAGCAAUCGAACUUGGACCUCUAUGGUCAAGUUCCCUUUUCAAUACUGGAUUCCUCAAAAGAAUGCUAUCUGAAUCUUUUCACCAUGGUUUAGAUGACAUUCAGACCCUAAUAAAGACAUUAAUCUUUGAGUCAGAGUGUACUCCUCAAAGUCAGUUUUCAGUUCAUGCACCUUCAAAUCUCAACAAGCAAGAAGAAUGUGGUGUAUUUAUUAAAACUACAGAUGAUACAACAGAUAAUUACAGUGCACAAGGAAAGAGAAAAAGUAAUGAAACAACUGCAAAUUUAGUCAAGAGGCAAAAAACUGAUGUCAAUACUGAACAUCCUCCCUUUUAUUACAACAUCCACAGACACAGCAUUAAAGGAAUGAAUAUGCCAAAGUUAAAAAAGUUUUUGUGCUAUCUUUCUCAAGCAGGCUUUCGAGUAAGCCGAACUCAUUUUGACCCAAUGGGAGUUCGUACAGAUGCACCUCUAAUGCAGUUUAAAUCCAUCCUUUUAAAGUACAGCACCCCCACUUACACUGGAGGACAGUCAGAGGGCCAUGUCCAACCAGCAUCCGAAGAUACAGUAGCUGACAGGGUUGAAAUGUCAGUGAAGGACAAAGCAGAAGCAGGUGGUUGCAGAAGAUGGUAAAUGUAAAGGAAGGUUACUCAGAUAUCUGUGUUGGUGGCCCUAUAGUUCUCUAUAACAACUGUAGUGCUUUUUCUAUUUUAAUUCAGUUGUGUAAAAAUACAAAACAGUGCUCUUUUCAUUCAAAAAACUAGCAGUUUCUAAUUUAGCUGGUUUGGGAGCUAUGCUUUCCAAGUUUUUCUUAUUUUAAAGAAAACUUAAAUUUUAAUGAAAACAUUUCAUAUGAAGCCAGAUUUGUGACUGAGAUCACCCUACUGUUUAAUAACUCAGAAAAUUUUUACAUGCAGAGUGUUUGGAAUUUUAUAUGUUAUGAAAAUAACACAUUACUUAAUCUCAGCUCUAUUUAAAGUGAUUCAUGAUGUUUAUCUUUUCUGUUUGUAUUGUGUAAGAUGAAUCCAGAAUCCUUUUAUUAAAGUGACCCUAAACAGGAGGAAUAGUGCCCUUUCUGAUUACUAAUGUAUUAUUUCACAAAUACAAGCUAAAAUAUAUUCCCAAUUUCAGGAAAUCUUAUCUCUCCAACUAAAUACUUACCGGAGACAGACAUACAUUUUCUUCUAAGUUUAAAGUCCGAAUGAUUACACUUUAGAGUAAGAUUUUGUUAAAUUGAGACUACUGUUCUAACUGUUUACAAGCACGAAAUUCUGAGGAGAGAUUUUGUUAUGAAUUAAACAAACUGGGUGAUCUCAAGUGCCUCAGUUAAUGCACGUACAAUAUUCAUUCGCUUGGUUAUGCUACCUCUCAGGAGUAAAACUUGUCACCUUAUGAAUUUAUGAAGUGAGGAUUUUCUUGCUUUUUGGGGUGGGUUUUUUUGGUUGUUGUUUUGCUUGUUUUUUUGAUUUGUGUAUGUGCUAAUUUUUUGUACAAGUAGCCCAGGCUAACAUGACUACGAAAAUUAGUUGGAAAAAAAAAUCUUGUUUCCAUUAAUAAAUAUGGUUCUUGCUUCA